AUGGCCGCACCAUUACUGAGAACGAACACCGCACCCGUCUACCCACACUCUGCAGACGGCGUCGCGCGGCUGCAGAACAUGAGCGUCGGCAGCACCCCUCGGGCCAGCCAGCUCUCCGGCUCGACAGCCUUCACCUCGACGACCUCCCUCACCUCCCUCUCCAGUGCGGCGACUAUCGUCUCACCCCCCGCAAAUGGCCAGGUCGUGGCCACCAGCAACAUCAUCAACCAGAAGGCCGACGCCUCCAGGUCGCUAUACCAGAUGUGCGUUGCCCUCAAGCAGAGGCUGGGCCAAGUGCCCGGGUUCGAAGGCUACCUAGACCAGCUGGCCCGAUGGGAACAGGAAGACACGGAGGACGGCGGGCCGGUAGAGAGCGUCUGGAGCCUCCUGCGGACGGGCCACCCGCUGCUCAUGAUCUAUAACACAUUGGAGCCGGAGCAGCGACUCGAGGUCGACCAGACUAGCGCGUCCGAGGAAAAGAGGGCGAAGCUGGCCAUUUUUAAGUUCGUCCAGGCCUGCUUGAAGCACUUGAACAUCCCCUCUACCGAAAUGUUCGUCAUCAACGACUUGACGGGAAAUGACACGACGGGUUUUGUCAAGGUUCUCGGUGUAGUGAAUCUCGUUCUUGACCAAGCAGAGGAGAAGGGAAAGCUGCGAACAAUUCAACCAUAUCCCGAAGAUGACACCCCAGCCCCGGCUGGCAAGCAGAUGAGCUACCGCGACCACAUCGUACGAGAACUCGUUGAUACGGAACGAAAAUACGUCCAGGAUCUAGAAAAUCUCUACGACCUCAAGAAGGCACUGGAUCAGAGGGGUGUCAUUCCUGGUGACAUUGUUCACCAGAUCUUCCUCAACAUUAAUGCUAUCUUGGACUUCCAACGCCGUUUUCUGAUUCGUGUCGAGACGACAAAUUCGAUGCCCUCGCAGAGGCAAGAAUGGGGUGGCCCGUUUGUGGCCUACGAAGACGCUUUCAGUAUUUAUCAACCCUUUAUCGCGAACCAGCGGAAGGCUGCCCAGAUUGCUGGUCAGGUGUUUGACAAGAUCCAAUCUGUGCAGCAUCCGGUGGCGUGCGACUUCAACACCCUGGAUGGUUUUCUUCUGAAGCCCAUGCAGAGAUUGGAUCUGCUAAAGAAAAGCGACGAUGAAGCGAUCAAGGUGGAUCUAGCUCAGGGCAUCUCCUCUGCCGAACGAUGUCUGCAGAAGGCAAACGAAGCCGUCGACCGAGACCUUCUAGAUGAAGCCCUGGAUGAGCUGGUCCACCGUGUUGACGACUGGAAGAAUCACCGAGUUGAGCAGUUCGGGAGACUGCUAUUGCAUGGAGUGUAUACUGUUGUCACGGGCAAGAGCGACCAGGAGAAGGAUUAUGAGAUCUAUCUCUUUGAAUGCAUCUUGCUUUGCUGCAAGGAGGUUGCACAAAAUAAGAGUAAGGAUAAGAAGGAUAAAACGAGGUCGACCGGCCCCAAGGUCCGGAACAAGAACGCCAAACUACAACUGAAGGGUCGAAUUUUCAUGACUAACGUCACCGAAGUCUUGUCCUUCGCCAAACCAGGUUCCUACACGGUGCAAAUCUGGUGGAAGGGAGACCCGGGAGUGGAGAACUUCGUGAUCCGGUUCCAGAAUGAAGAGAUGAUGAGGAAGUGGGCGGCCGGCCUUGACGCGCAGAGAAAGGAGAAUGCGCCACAAGUCACUACGAGCCCUGACCGGCCACCACCGACCUUUGCGUGGAUGCAGAACCAGAUGGGAGACAUGGCGAACCCUUAUGCUCAGCAAGACGAGGAUGACGAUGACGAUUAUACCCCCCCUACCUCAUCAGGCUAUGGAGCGCCGCCCCCGCAACCCAUCGUAGGAACCAUGACCCGGAAUGCUUCUAGUACAAGUCUUCGACAAAGGUCGGCCACGGGAGAGAGCACACAAUCUCUGGCCGGUAUCGCACGAGCUCCGCCGCCGCGGUACCCCUUACCUCAGCCGCCCGGUCCCUUGUCUGUCCAGACGCAAAUGACUGCUCCCGCGCAACCUUCUCCUGGACCACGCGGAGGAGACUCCUACUUCUCUCCUAUUGGUGAAUCACCGGUGUCAUCAAGAACAAGCACUGCUUCGAGCAUGUUCCCCGGAAGCGCUGGCUACCCCUUCCCGAAGACUGGCACCCCGCAGCCCGGAUGGGGAGAGGACAACAACAGCGCGAGCCUCCCGGACCUACCCAUUCCGACGCAGCUGAAGGUCAAGGUCAACUGCGACAGCGGCAACUAUGUUACCCUCGUCGUUGCGUUCAACAUCACCUACCAGUCCCUCAUCGACCGGAUUGAUGCCAAGCUCGCGAGGUUCACAGCAUCCAGUAUUGGUAAGGGCAAUCUGAGGCUGCGCUACCGCGACGAGGACGGUGACUUCGUAUCGAUUGAGAGCGACGACGACAUCCAGAUUGCGUUCCUGGAAUGGCGAGAGGGUGUGAGGAACAUGUACAGCGGCGGCGUCGGCGAGAUCGAGCUCUUCUGCGUCGGCGAGACCAGCUAA